UCCACUGGAACACCCCCGACAGCCGCGCAGCUCCGCCGCCGUCAUGCACCGAUUAAAGCUCAUUUCUGGACACUUGUGCCCCGGCGGCUCCGCUGAGCUCAGCCGGGACUUACGGAGAGCAGCGUGUGGCUCGGCAGCAGCGGCGGGCGGCCGCGACUCUCCCGAGGACGUGGUGGUGGUUCACGGACGGAGGACCGCGAUCGGAAGAGCGAAGAGAGGCGCUCUGAAGGACACGACGCCCGACGAGCUGCUGAGCGCCGUGAUGACGGCUGUUCUGACAGAUGUUGGGCUGUCGCCUGACAGGCUGGGAGACGUCUGCGUGGGUAACGUGCUGCAGCCCGGCGCCGGCGCCCUGAUGGCCAGAGUGGCUCACUUCCUCAGUGGCUUCCCGGAGUCGGUUCCGGUCUACACGGUGAACCGGCAGUGUUCCUCGGGCCUGCAGGCGCUUCUCAACGUGGCAGGAUCCAUCCGGAGCGGAACCGUGGAGCUGGGCCUCGCCUGCGGCGUGGAGAGCAUGUCGCUGCGCUCGGUGGGGAAUCCAGGAGAUCUGAGCUCCAGGCUGUCGGACGUGGAGAAGGCCAGAGACUGCGUCAUCCCCAUGGGCAUCACGUCGGAGAACGUGGCCGAGCGGUUCGGAGUGUCCAGAGAGAAGCAGGACGCCUUCGCUCUCAGCUCACAGCACAAGGCGGCCCGGGCCCAGAGCCUGGGCCUGUUCGACCCGGAGAUCGUCCCCGUCACCACCAGGCUCGUGGACGCCGACGGCACGGAGCGCCCGGUGACGGUCAGCAGGGACGAAGGCGUCCGACCGGGGACGACGCUGGCCGGGCUGGCCAAGCUGCGGCCGGCCUUCACGCCGGACGGCAGCACCACGGCAGGUAACUCCAGCCAGGUGAGCGACGGGGCGGCGGCCGUGCUGGUCGGGCGCAGGGCCGCGGUGGAGGCUCUGGGGCUGCCGGUGCUGGGCGUCCUGCGGGCCAGCGCCGUGGUGGGCGUCCCCCCGGAUGUGAUGGGCAUCGGACCGGCGGCGGCCAUCCCCGUAGCUCUGGAGCGGGCCGGACUGACUGUGGACGACAUCGACGUGUUUGAAAUCAACGAGGCCUUCGCCAGUCAGGCGGUCUACUGCGUGGAGAAACUGGGCAUCCCGAUGGAGAAGGUGAACCCGAACGGCGGCGCCAUCGCUCUGGGCCACCCGCUGGGCUGCACCGGCGCUCGCCAGGUGGUGACGCUGCUCAACGAGCUGCGACGCCGCGGCAGGAGGGCGUUCGGCGUCGUGUCCAUGUGCAUCGGGACCGGGAUGGGAGCCGCCGCCGUCUUCGAACACCCCGGACCUUAGCGGCAGACGGAACCAGGAGCCGGUGCUGUGGAUGAAAACCCCGUUCUGACACGAGACCUCUGAGGAUCACGCCUUCACAGAACAUCGAUAAUUAACUCCUGAAAUGCUUCUGAGAGCUCCAAAGGCUGCAUGAGCUCAUCAUAGAGAGAAUUUAGUCAGCUGCCUGAUCAAGACGUGCUCGUUCUCCGUGCCUUCCUCUGUGGGGACGGUUUUAGCCUGACGUGGUUUUAGCCUGACGUGGUUUCCACCGACGUGUCUGCUGCCCUUUGACCCUCUGAACCCCAAACAGUCUCUGAACUCCUCAGCUGUGAUGAUGCUCCGAGCUCAAUAAAGCCUGAUCUGAUAUUUAGCAACUAGACCAAACUAUCUGCACUAAACAAUCUGGGCUCCUCGACACGACUGUGACUAAAAAUAAUCUGAGUUUUCAGGUUUAUAAAAUAAACUAUGAAUAGAAUCGUAUCAGAGUCCUGCUGACAGAAGACGUCUCUGAGUUCUGUCUCCUCCUUCGUGUUCUGGUUCCUCAGAGCUGCAGGACUUUAUGCUGAACCAGGAACCAGGAGCUCAAUAAAACCCUCAGAGAGCUGCUGGAGUUCAGAGGGUUAAACUGGUCUGACAGCUGGUUCCAUUUUGGAUCCAUAAAGACGUCAAACUUCAACAAACACUGAUGGUGAAAACCUGCAGCUAGCAUUAGCAUUAGCAGCUAAUAAUAAUAAUAGAUUUAUAUGGUGCUUUUCUUACUCAAGGAGUAACUCAAAGCGCAAACAACCAACUGUCAAUUAUUCAUUCGCACACAUUCAUUAGCAUUAGCAGCUUCCUGUUUUUAGCCGCCGUUCUCUGGUUAAACCGUCGCUCUAAGAACGACAGUCUCUGAUUGCAGCUCCUCAAAUGUUUAAAACUGUGGACCAUUAAUCGAUUAAUUUAAGCCAAUCAAUGUGUCUGUUAACGUAGCAGAUCAAUACUAGCUCUGAUCGCUUCAGACUGAACACUGCUGCUGGUGUUUCACAUUAAAAGCUUUCCACAGGGAAACCACGGAGGGGCUUUUAUUGUGAAGGUCAGGAGAUGUUAGCUACUUAAUCAACGUAGACUUUACUGACCGACUGAAGAUGUUCUGUAAUAAACACACUAGUUCUGUCAGACUAAAGGACCGGUCCACACCAACGACUGGGUUUUGUUGGUAAAUUAAUUUAAUGUGAAGCAGAAAUGUUGAAUACACAGCUGUAGUAAUAAAACCUCUCAUCCCCAUGA